CCAUCAACCGCAAUAUGAGUUUUCAGCAGGGCUAUACGCCGUUCCAAGAGCACCAUAUCCAUGGGAAUCAAAUGAACCAAUAUCCGCCCCAGGCUCUGCACAACGUCCAGGGCAUCCCCCAUAACCAGGUCAACCAAAUGGCCCAAAUGCAGCACCCGUCACACCAAAUGCUUGAGUCGCAGCUUCCACCGCAACUCCCAGUUGCACCCAAACAGAGGCCCGUUCCAUGGUCGGAGCGCCUCCUCCUGGAAGGCAAGGAAGUGCCGACAGACACGCUCAUGUACGAACAAAUCACUUCUCGUGACGCCGCCAACAUUGCAAAUUCCCAUAGCGAGCGCCAGUCGAUGGCGUACCGCAGUGUGGGCCGUCUUUCGCGUGACCUCAAAUUCUACGACACCAUCAAAAACCAUCGCUUGCGCUCGAUCCAGCGCAAUGUGGGCGGGAUCUGGGGCGACGGCUACGCUGGCUACGGAAACGGCAUCACAAAUGGCAAGACGCAGCUCGUGCUUCCGGCACACCGAAAAAAGCCGUCGCGGUUGCCGGAUUACCACGUGUCGCGCGCACGCACGCUCCACCAGGCGGACGCGCCAGAGGAGUUGGUGCCGAUCCGGCUCGAGUUCGACGUCGAGCGUGACAAGUUCAAGCUCCGUGAUACGUUUUUGUGGAACAUCCACGAGCAGACUGUGACGCUCGACCAGUUUGUGAGCGGGAUGAUGGAGGACUAUCGCAUGGCCAACCCAUUGUGCGGUGAGACGAUCCUCACGGCGAUUCGCGAACAGCUCGCAGAGUACCAUCCCGCCGUGCAUGUACCAGCGCAACCGAGCGAUAUGCGUGUCACGAUUAAGCUCGACAUCACCAUCAGCAACAACCAGUUGCUCGACCAGUUCGAGUGGGACAUUCUGAACCCAGACAACGAUCCCGAGGAGUUUGCCUCGGUUAUGUGCGCUGAAAUGAGUCUUCCCGGCGAGUUCGAGACGGCGAUUGCCCAUGCAAUCCGCGAGCAGGUCCAACUCUUCACGCGCGCCUUGUUCCUUGUGGGCUACAAGUUUGACGGGUCGUACGUUGCAGAGGACGAGAUUGCCCACCAUCUUUUGCCAGGCAUUACCCACGAGGAAGUGUACCGUGCGAGAGCGGUGGUGGGUGGUUUCUCGCCCUCUUUGAUCGAUAUCACUAACAACGAGUUGGAGCGCUUGGACAAAGACCGCGAGAGAGAAUCCAGGCGUAAACGCAGACAGGGCGGCCGGCUGGGCAGAAGAGGCGUGCCCGCUUUGCCCGAUCUCUCGGACGUUCCCAGGACGUUCCGAACUCCGGUGCCAUCUACGGUUUUGCCUGGUGCCUUGGACUUGGGACCAAGUGUGGAGUCGUUCACGGAAGUGAUUGAGACGUACACGGUGCCGAAUCCAAAGUUCGAGGCGAAGCGGGUGGAGGUGCCGGCAGUGCCGGAAAGAAACGAUAGUUUACCCAACGUACUAUUCACAACUGAACCGCAAGAAGGGUCUUCCGAUGAAAACGCUCACGGCACUAUUUCGCCCUCCAUUUCCCGCUUUCCGUUCCUCUCGCGCUUCCGGUAUAGUCCGCUUGGGCGCAUAUUCCCUAAGGCCACCCCCGCCCCCCACGACGGCGUUUUCAGCAACCUCUCUGCCAAGCCGACGGUGGAAGAUGACUCGGACAACCAGUUGCCAGCCUACGCAGACGUAGAAGCGGACCCGCUUCCGUUCUACUCCCCUGAAUUGGACGGUGAAGACUUGUUUAUUGACGGGCUUCCAGUGGGGGACUUGGUGAGCUUUUUCUGGAACAUUAUGAUGGUGGUGAUUUUCCAGUUCCCCGGGUUUGUGCUCAGCUACUUGCUCCACACGUCCCACGCCUCUAAAGCCGGUUGCAACUUGGGACUCGGCUACACCUUGAUAAGCUGGGCGUACGCAAUGUGCAAAGUAACAGAAGAUGGGGGGACCUCGGAGACUACCCCGCAAAAGGUGAUCCUCCUGGAACCAAAUGGCAUUGACACUAUUGGGACUCUGGAAGGUUUGGAUACAUAUCACUCGGACCUUCCAGGGCUAGAGACCGUGACGAUAGAAAGGGGCAAAAAAAUCUUGUCGCUGCCUGCGUUUGUGUGGUUGUUGUUUGGUGCGGGCUUGUUCAUAACGCUCAGAGCGGUCUGGGAGCUCGUCCAAGUAAAGCGCAUGGAAUCAAAGGUGAUGUACGGUGGAUGUCCCGCGGAAGACGAAGAGUAUGUGUAAGCGAGAGGAAUUAUCGGCAUGCGUUGAAACAUAUAUGGUUUAAGUAUGAGCUUCUGGUGGUAUAAUGGGUAUUUUUGGGUCUACUUUCAAGUUCUGUGUGGUGGCUUUUUGUGUAGUCCCUAUUGAAGGAAAAUAACUCUAAUUUGGAAUAAUGGAUCUGCUUUUCAGAUAGUUGAGGCGUGGUUGUUGCAAUAAGGUAUGAAAUUUUCACAUCAAUGUUUGAUCGAUAUUAUUUCGAUGAUGGCAGGUUCAAUACUAAGGCCUAGUAUCCAAGCUGCUUCUCG